AUGAGCUUCAGUUCAAUUAAGCUUGCCUUGCUGGUCGGAAUCUGCGGUGCAGUCCCCCGUACCGGCCGCACGGAGAUUGUCCUCGGCGACGUGGUGAUCAGCCAGAGCAUUGUUGAGUUGGAUCGUGGUCGCCGGUACCCCAAUGGCUUCAAAAGAAAGGACACCAUCCUGGACUCUCACGGGCGUCCUAAUGAAGACAUCUUGGGACUGCUGCAGCGUUGGAAUGCAACGUUUCACUUGAAAAAUUUACAAAAGAAAACAACAGAAAACCUCAAAGCCCUGUUACAGCACCCAUAUGCCGAGGCACGGUAUCCCGGCGCAACUGAGGACAAGCUCUUUGAACGCGACUGUAUACAUCGGCACCAUGUUGGCUGCGGGGUCUGCAAUAUGUCGGCGACACCAGACUCAGUAUGCGAAGCAGCUCUAACAGCUGCCUGCGAUGAGCUUCAAUGCGAUGAAAGCAGAUUAGUCCCGCGUACUCGGUUAUGUGAAAGAGGUACAGACUGCGAGAUCCCGACUCCGCUAAUACACUUUGGCCUGAUCGGCAGUGCGGACACGGUUCAGAAGUCAGCGGCGCACAGGGACGAGCAUGCAGAGUUAGAGGGUGUGAUAGCGUUCGAGAUGGAGGGGGCUGGGGUCUGGAACAAGUUCAAUUGUCUAAUAAUCAAGGGCGUGUGUGACUACGCUGACAGUCAUAAGAACAAGAAAUGGCAGAACUAUGCAGCCGCAGUUGCUGCGUCAGUUGCAAAGGAGAUUUUGGCGCAGUACGUAUCUCACGACCGACCGUCACAGCCGGGAACGCCGAAUGGUAGCUCCGGAUAUUCUACACAACAUUCCAUGAUUUCCCGGGGUCGGUUAGAGCUUCAAGUAGUUCCCGAAUGGCUACCCAAUGAUAUGUUUCACAGGGCCACCAAGCAAUUUAGAGAGGGCCUACCAAAGGAGCAGUUGGACACCUUCAAGGCCACAGACCUUCGUGCUUUGAAAAAGGAGCUGAAGAAGAUCCAGGAUGAACAGGGACAAUCGCACUCAUUGAGAAAUCUUCGGCGGAUCGAGCGCUUUAUCCAAGCUACUGAACAUAUUGGGACCAUUCUUGAGGAUAUCCUAGGUACUAGCGAAGAGAUGUGUCUUAUUUGGGGCCCAGUAAAGGCCUUACUGCAGGUAGCAAAAAGUAACGUGGAUCUAUUCGACACGCUCCUAGCAGCCUACGAGAACAUUGGCAACGAACUGCCAAAGCUUGGCGCUUACCGAGACUUGUUCAAGCAACAUGUGGGCUUGCAACGGGUACUGGCAAGAGUAUUUGCCCUUAUCCUGGAGUUUCAUGAGAAUGCGCUUAAACUAUGCUCUGGGAGAGCCCUAAGAACCGUAUUUCGACCACUCUGGAAGGACUUCGAAACAACACUAUUUGAUCUCAUAGUGCGUGAAACUGGUUCCCAUAGGAUAAUGAUUGAAGAUGAGACAAUGGCUUUAUACAGCCACCCGGGACACAGUGCAAUGGAUGCGCAGGAAAUCCGAGACCACCUCGAGAGCACAAGCAACAACAUGCGCUUAUCCAAGCAGGAGCAUCAAAAGGCACGAGAGAAGAUGUACGAUGAGGUCAGAUGCUGGAUUGCAGGUGCUGCAGGAGUUUCAGGCGUCGAAGACGUAGCAGACGUCGUAGGUGCCGAGACCGAGAGUGAUCACAACAACAUCUGUCGUGACCGAAGCUUUUACCCCGGUAGCGGUAAAACCUAUUUAGCAUCGGUCAUAAUUGAGGCUUCCUUGGAGGAUUCCUCGUCUGUCACAUGCUACUUUUACUGCAAGGAAAAGGUGAAGUCGAGAAACUCUGCGAUUGCAGUGCUCCGUGGUAUUCUCUUGCAACUUGCGCGUCAGCACCGCGAAUUGACCCCUUACUGCCAUGCGAAGAUCAAGAGUUCUGGUAGCCUCAUGCUAUCCGAUCUAUCCACGGCAAGUGGUAUUCUGGAGGUGUUCUGUGAAAGGAUAUCUCGAUUAAAUGUGGUAAUAGACGGCAUUGACGAGUGUGAAGAGCAGAGAAAGGAUUUGAUUGACAUAUUUAGAAUCUUGGUCAGGAAAAACGAAAUCUACGCGAAAGGGAAACUUCGUGUCCUUUUUUUAAGUCGGCCCAUGAACGAAGUCAAAAACGCCAUACCGGAGGCUGAGAUGUUUGCUCUGGAACCGGACCACAACAGGCAAGACAUCCAAAAGUAUUGUGGGCACAGGAAGCGCGAGUUCCAAAAGUUUGGGUUUACCAAUGAGUACCUCAAAGAUGUUGUGCAGAUUAUCUGUACAAGGGCCGAUGGGAUGUUCCUGUUUGCUAAGCUGGUCAUGAACAACUUGAAAGAACAACCAACGAAGGAAGACUUUCGUAUUGAGACCACCGCUGCGAUAUUGCCCAGUGAGAUCGACCAAGCAUAUGCCCGAAUCAUGGAGCGCCUUGCGCGUGACCUAGGUUCAAAACAAUAUGCAUAUACAGAAUUUUUGCUCGGCUGGUUAGUAUGCUCGAAAAGGCCUCUAAAAUGGACAGAAAUCCAAGUGGCGCUAUCCACCGAUAUUAAAACAUGGGGCCGCUCGAGUGAAGUGAAUCCGGACCGCAGACUAGAAGACGACGUGCAAGAAUUGUGUGGAUCCCUGGUUCAGGUGCUCAAGGGCAACCGGGUCGAGCUUGUCCACAGCACCGCCAGACUGUUCAUAGUCCAGAAAAGCAAUAUACGGAUAUCUUCAGCGGAAUGCGACCUCGCCCUUCGCUGCCUGCGGUAUCUGAGUCUUGACAUCUUUAGGCCUGAUAUUUCCGCCCAAAGCCUCCGGGAGAAUGCUCUGCGCGGUGAUUUUGGCUUCCAGGAUUAUGCGGUGUCAGCCUGGUUUCUUCAUAUAGGAACAUUGAUAGAGAAGAAACAUGAUUUCCUGGAAGAUAUCAUCGACAGCCAAGACCGGGUCGCAAGAAUAUGCCGAGAGCUUGAGCAUUUCGUGAGCUUCUAUUGGGCAAGCUUUCCACUGUACGACAACAACAUUCUGGAGCAAGCGUGGAUAGAUUGUGAAAUCUUCCAACAGUACCCCUUUUAUAAUAACCUUGUCAGAAUCUGGAACCAUAUCUGCUGCGCCCAAAGGGAAGACUUGGAAUCGCGCAACGAUGUGAGCAUUCCUCAGCUUAAGGAAACGCUGGCUCGCAACCGGAAGCUGCUGGAAGACCUAAGCACAGAAGAUACAGUUGCUCUAUCUAGACUCUAUGAUGAAUACCCCUUCCGAUGCCCUAAGGUGCUGUGCUUUUAUUUCCACGAGGGUUUUAGGAAUGCGAUGGCCCGUGAUAACCAUGUCGAUCAUCACAACCGACCAUACCGUUGCACAGUAGAGACCUGUGCAAUGAAUGGAAUGGGGUUUGCCGAAAAAAGCCGACUUACGGCACACACGAAGAGAUUUCAUCCCGAUGAGCGUGAUCUGGGCGAAACGUUCACACCUUACAACCGGGCGAGGUCAGUAAGUGCCCGAUUUGAAUGUCCUGUGUGCAACAAACGCCUCGUGAGGAAGAAUAUCCUGGAGGAUCACCAGAGAAUCCAUACCGGAGAGAAGCCCUUUCGUUGCUCUGAGUGUGGCAAGGGGUUUGCGAGAAAUUAUGACAAGAAACGGCAUGAGAAAACCCACGAGAGACGGCGAAGAUAG